CAUAUCACCCUUCACUUUUACCAGUACUUACUCAGAGUUUCAAUGAUUACUUAUAUUUUCUGUCUAUCUUCACACUUUAUCGUCACUAUUCACCUUCUUUCUCCUUACUAGGUUUUCUGUUCACCUCUACGCCCUAAAUCUGGAAUUGAUCAUCUCCUCCUCUCCUUCAUCCAGGCUCUGGCAGCAAAGACAGACUGUGUUUGGCCUUCUGAUCCGGCUGCCUCUCCUCUCCAUCGCCUACUGUAUUGAAGGGACACACGAGAAGUAUGUGCGUUACAUGGGGAGGAAGACGCUGUGGUGAUCCUGCUGGGUAAGCCUGGGCAUCCUGUCGUCCGUGGGUCUUGGCACUGGCCUGCACACCUUCCUUCUUUACCUGGGACCACACAUAGCAUCUGUGACCCUGGCAGCAUAUGCAUGUGGUUCGGUGGAUUUCCCCGAGCCACCAUAUCCACACCAAAUCAUCUGUCCCCAGCACGCAGCACCAGAACUCAGCUCUGAUGCUGAGGCGGUGGGCGUGGCCUCUGCAGGUGUGGGGUCAGCAGCUAUCCAGGGAAGUGUCUCUCUUCUGGACCAUCAUGUCCAAAGUCUGCCCCAGAGCCUCCAUGUGGCACAUCGAUCACAGAACCCUGGACAUCAAUCGGUGCAAGCUCCUUUGGUCAGUUGAUAUUUAUAUUUUGCUCCGUAUUUACUUGAGUUUAUUAAGAUACAAGCAUUAUCUACCACCGCAUCUGAAUACAAUUUAAUUAAAGAAGAUACAAAUAAACAACUUGCAACAACUAACAUCUCUCUGUCUUUUUCAAAACUACGUUGGAUUCAGAUUUAUUGGCAUGACCGGACAAAAGUCUGUGUUGCCAAAACAAUACUUGAAAGCACAUCACGUCAGCGAGUAUUAGAAACACCAAUAGCUGAGCCACAAUAAUUAACCAUCUCUGUGGUUUGUGUUUGUGUGUGUGUGUGAGUGUGUGUGUGUAAGCAGGGUGCAGGUACCACAAUGGGAGAGCUUCCUCCCUACUUCAUGGCCAGGGCUGAGCAGCUCUCCAGCGUUGACCGUGACGAUGAGGAUUACCAGACGAUUCUGGACCAGACCCACUCUGCACAGGACUUUGCCAGCCGAGGAAAAGCAGCAGUUCAGAAACUCGUUCCAUCUGUUGGAUUCCUGGGGAUUCUGGCCUGUGCCUGUAUUCCAAAUGCCUUGUUUGACUUGGCAGGAUUAACAUGUGGACACUUUAUUGUUCCGUUCCGGACAUCUUUUGGUGCAACACUCAUCGAGAAAGCUGUUAACAGAAUGCACAUUCAUAAACUGUUUGUGAUCAUCACCUUUAGCAAACACAUAGUGGAGCAGAUGGUCUCCCUCAUCGGAUCUGUUCCACUGCUGGGUGCGGCACUGCAGAAGCCCUUCAGUGAGCACUUGGAGGCCCAGAAGGCCAAGCUGCACCAUCGCGCCGAAGAGGGGAUCCCAACUGAGGAGAACUGGCUGUCGUGGCUCUUUGAGAAGGUUGUGGUCAUCAUGGUAUGCUUCUUUGUCUGCUCCAUUGUCAACUCCAUGGCCCAGGGCUACGCCAAGCGCAGGCAGCGGGAGAAACAGUCAGAGGACAAGGCGGAGUGAAGGCCGGCCGUAAAUCACGGCAGACCAUCAACUUCCGAAGCUCCCACCUCUCUCCUCUCCCUCACGGCCGAUACCCCUCCAAUAUCUGAAGCAGCAUAUCGGCCCCCAUCGGGUUUCUCUCUUGUUAUUGUAGCAACAUGUUGAUGUUGAACUUGGACUUCCCCUCGGCCACUUUUUGAGGCUUUUGCAUUUGGUAGUCACUUCUGCGAUUGUUUCCUGUAAGGUAGGUGCUUGUUGGGUGUGAGUGUGUGUGGAGGCUGCUGUGUUGGUGCCAUGCAGUUGGUGCUUCUAGCAGCUCCUGAGCACGUGAGAAGAAGCUGCCGGCGGUAAUUCUCCUCAAUGAGGCCUAGACAAGCCACUGCUGGUUUUCCUAGCAUCCUCCCAAGUCUCAUAUCUCCACAGUCACUUGAAUUCACUUUUUCUAGUUUGAGCUUGGAUACUUGUUACUUUUGAUUUCUUUAUGAUUUUUAUAUUAAGUUAAUUUAAGAUAAGAUUACUGUCAAGAGUUGAACAGUAUUGGUUGUGGUUAGUUAAGAGAAGUAAAUUAACGUAAUUUGCUCUUUGAAGCCACCUCAUUUCUACACAUUGUAGAGGACUAGGUCAGCUGUACAUGCUAAUGAUUGUUUCACAGUGUCUGUGGUGCUUUGUGUGUGCGCAGCAAAGCACAUUUCUGUAGUUUUGGUUGAGAAAUUAGAAACUGGCCAUGAAUCACCCUGCUUGUCCCUUUGUCUGCCCUUAUUGUUCUGCUUCCAGGAAGAGAGCACAUGAGUCAGCCUGGAGCUACUUUACCAGAUGCAGCCAUAUAUUGAAUCAGAUCUAUGACUGUGUGUGUGUGUGUGUGUGUGUGUGUGUGUGUGUGUGUGUGUGUGUGUGUGUGUGUGUGUGUGUGUGUGUGUGUGUGUGUGUGUGUGUGUGUGUGUGUGUGUGUGUGUGUGUGUGUGUGUGUGUGUGUGUGUGUGUGUGUGUGUGUGUGAGACAAAGAGCAAGACAGAGAUAGUAGGUUGUGUUUGCGUGGCUGCCACAUUUGUAGCUCUCUUUUAUCUUUUAUGGAUUAGAGCAGAUUGUGCUCCACUAAUAGUCUGAGAGUCUGCUGGGAAGUGGUAGUGAGGCAUAUCGUAGGUGCCCGUUCGAACUCAGAUAGUCUGUGUCAUGGUAAAUGUUUUUCUUUGUCUCCAAUUCUCCACCGAGCUUCCUAGUUUUUUUUUAUCCUUUUCACCCACGAUGAGGACAGAGAGCUCAUGUUUGAAAUCCCAUGAGCAGCUCCUAACACAGCAGAAUUUUAUAUGAUCCGUGUUCAGUUUUUUUUACCUUUUUUUGCUCGUGGGACGACGUCAGCCGGCUCUCAACAUGUGCACUACCCUCAUUUUUCUGUAAUUGCCCGUGAAUUGUGCUAUUUUCUUCUCCGUCUGUGUACCGCUGCUGUGCUGAGCUGGACUGAGCGCAGUGGGCGCUAGAGCAGGCACAAGCGGGAGGGGGGGGGGGGGGAGCCUGAAGCGCACAGUGAAAAGCGUCUGUGCCGUUACCUCAGCUGAACCUUCGAAUGAACUCGUUGCCCUGCCCCAGUCAUGGAGCCAGGAGACGAACCACUCGAGUAGAUUCAAAACAGAGGGGCACUGUUGAGCAGGCUGAAGCCUCCGCUCUGCACCAGCUCUAGUCCAAAUGCUCACGUCUCCUUUUCUCCUGUCACGGUAAGUGGGAUUAGGAUUCUUUUGUUUCGCUUUUUUUUUUCAUCUCUUUUGUUUCUGUACAUGUGUCCGUGUGUACAUGUCUCAGGCAUGUCCGUCACUCUCUCGGCCUGUCAGAUAGCUUAUCAGACUGGUGUUGGCUGUUUAGUUUGCAAGGCGACAACAGUCUGUAGGCUGUCUGACAUUCCGGGCUCUUUCAUCUUGACCAGCAUCCUGUUUUGUCCUCCCUCUGUUACUGUCAUUGUCUCAGUUAGCAUCAGUUCCCAUUUAGAGGUGUGCUCUGCCGAUGUCACUUCCCUUUAUCCAAACCGCUUGUGAAACGUCAGAGACACGGGGCCAUCGUAUAUUUCCUCCUUGCUGAUGCCUGUGAGGGAUGUAAUGUGGUUUCAUGUGGGGAACUGUGUUUUCACAUGUUUUGCAAAUGCUGAUGUCAAUUGUGUACUUCUGUAUUUGUGCAUGUGCGUGUGCGUGUGUGUGUGUGUGUGUGGCUGUGUCCACACGAAUUUCCUGAGAAUCCAGACGGUACACACCUUAUUGCAACACAUCACAUUGUGACACGCAGUCCUAGGUAUGGUACACACAGUGCUCAAGCAGCUCUCCUCUUCCCUUUCACACUUCCCUCUUCUCUUCAACUCAGAACUUUCUUCUCUUGCUCAAUACGCACUUUUUUGUAGGAGGCUGCAGUUUAUUAUAACGACUCUCCUGAGAGAGAGUUUCUUUUUUUCAGGGCCACACAUUGGUAAUUAUACGAAGCUUCAAAUCAUUGCUUGACCGGUGGAUGCUUUUUACUGCAGCGCCUCAGUUUUAUUUUAGAUUAUUCUUUUUUUCUCCACCAGUGCACAAGUGUAAAACUUUUUCCUGGUCAUAAAAACAAAAUCAUUGGAUAACACUGGAAUGGCUCGCUGGCUUAGCGAGUGUUUUUCUUGGCAGAUUCAGGAUGUCCUGUUCCAUGAGGGAGCCCCCUUUUGGCCUGCCUGUCUGUGUGCGUGUGUGUGUGUGAGUGUGUGAGUGUGUGUGCCUACAUUUGUCUAGAAAAUGUGUUUCUAUUUCUAUGUGCAAGUGACUGUAUCUCUCGUGUAUCAGUCUGUAACCGGGUCAUUUUAAAUGUGGAUGUAUGCACUGUAUUUUUUCUCUGCUUUCACUAUAAAUAAAGUUGGUCAGAAAAAGGA